AUGCUACGGCGAUGGGCGCCGGCAGCGCGGCGACACUACUACGCGUGGCACGAUGUCCCCUACGCAGAUGUACCCCACGCUCGGCAAACGCUCGAUAUCGUCGUCCCAAAGGCGCCACCGUUUCCGCGAGCGUUGCUGCCCGUGAUCUUCUUUGUCCAUGGUGGCGCGUGGCAGCGUGGCGACAAGGCCGGGCGGCUGAGCGCCGACCUCGCGCCGACAUUGGCCGAGAGCGUCGGUGCGCUCGUUGUCUCGAUCAACUACCGCCUCUCGCCCGAAGUGAGCUACCCCGCCCACAUCGAAGACGCCGAGUUGGCGCGGCAAUGGCUCGACACCCACAUCGGAAAGUAUGGAGGCGACGCCACCCGCGUCAUCUGGGUGGGCCACAGCGCGGGCGCCCAUACGAUCAUGAAGAUGCUGCUUGCCCCGAAAACAAAGGCGGCGCUGCCAAUGCCUCGCGCCGUCGUGGGUAUUGCAGGCGUGUACAACAUUGUUCGCAUGGCCAAUGCGUCUGUCUACGGCGGAUUGGUUGUCACGCCCGUCUUUGGGGCCAAUGCCCAAGUGUGGCGAGAAGCCUCCGUGAUGCAGCCGACGCUGCAGGGUGUCGACGCCAUGUGUCCGAUUUUGCUCUUGAACGCAAGCGACGACUUGCACCUCGAGGACGACAGUCGCGAGCUGCAGCAGUGGUUUCGUGACUACGGCCAUGAACGCGUGGCGCACCACGUGGUGCCAGAGACGAACCACCUCUCGAUCUUGGGCGAUGUGAGCGGCAGCUCCAAGACGACGGCGCUCAUUGCCGACUUUAUCAAGAGCAUCGUACAGUAA